UUAUCGAGUUUAACGGUAGUUCUCAAAUCCUUACCUUAAGAUUAUUAUGUUGAGUCGUGGCAGUCGUUGCUUUCUGCUCCGCCUCUGCCUUCUCCUUUUCAAUCUCGCUGACUCGUUGCUCAAGAUCUUUCUUUUCUUUUUCAAAGAUAGCCAUGGUGGCCUCCAGCGCUUGCUUUUCUUGUUCGAGUUUAGCAAUGCGACUUUCCAGACCCUGCUUCUCCUCUGAUGCCUUCUGUAAAAAUGAAGAAACCGUUCAGUAUCCAAAAUGGUCCGUCGCCUCAUACAUAACACAACUCACAUUAGCUCCGUUCGCAUUCAUAGCAUCGUUCUUCUCCUUUUCACUAGUGUACAUUCGCUUGAAUCGAAUAGCCAUCUGGCCGCGUUCAGCACUCAUCUUUUCGAGCUUAGCUGCCUUCUCCUCUAAUUCUUUAACUUGUGCCUGAAGUUGGGUGAUCUGAGUUUCCAUUGUAGCCUUUUGAGUCUCAAGACUUUGGACUUGUUCGUUCAACUUUGCAACUUCAGCUGGAUCGGUUUUCUUUUUU